AUGGAUCAAUAUAUCAAUACAACAACUACUAGGCAAUUCUUCCUCCUUGGAUUUCCAGGAGUUCUUCCAGAAUAUUACGCAGCAGUUGGAAUGCUUCUCCUCUUCAUUUACAUAACACUUGCAGUGGGAAACAUUUUCACUAUUGCAUUUGUAGCUUAUGAAAAAAACUUACAAAAACCAACCUAUCUUAUCUUCUGUAAUCUUGCUGCAGUGGAUUUUGCUUUUGGAACAACCACAAUGCCUAAAAUCAUUGCAAAGUACCUGCUUCAAGAUGAAACUUUACCAUUUCUUGCUUGCUUUGUACAAAUGUUUUUUGUCCAUUAUUUAGGGAGUGUCACUUCUAUCCUUUUGCUAGUAAUGGCUACUGAUCGAUUCAUUGCUAUCUGUAACCCUCUCCGAUACCCUGUUCUGGUUACAAACCAUUGUGUUACAAUUGUAUGUGUAAUUUCUUGGGUAAUUCCGAUCUCUUGGGUAACAGUGAUGGUUAUCCAGACCAUAGCUGUACCCUACUGUGAGGCCAACAUAAUAACUCAGUGCUUUUGUGACCAAAAUUCAAUAACUAGACUGGCCUGUGGUGAUGCAAGGCCUGCAAAGUUGUUUGCCUUUUCUUUGGCUAUGUUUGUUCUGUUGGUCCCCCUUGCUUUUAUCAUUUUCUCCUAUAUUGCAAUAAUCAUAACUGUCUUUAAAAUAUCCAAUGUUCAAGGAAAGUGCAAAGCCUUCUCUACAUGUAGCCCUCAACUUCUCAUCAUAUGCCUUUACUAUCUGCCCCGAUGUGCUGUGUAUGUCGCUGACAUAAAGGUCCAAAUGGACAUUGAUGCUCGCAUUAUGAUCAGUAUGUGGUAUAGUCUGUUUCCUCCUCUUGUCAAUCCAAUUAUAUUUUGCUUUAGAACAAAGGAAAUUCGAGACGUUUUAAUAAUGAAAUUAAGAAAAAGAAAGAUCAAUAAUCUUUCAGUCUGA